AUGACAAAAAAUAGUGGUCACACCUCAGGUAUCUCCUUGGGGCAUGACAGUCACAACUCCACAAGCACGUGCAAAGACUUGCCCGACGACAGGCGCAUGGUUCUCUCGACCCGCUUGCUCAAGUCUCGUGUCGGUCGUGAGAGGCAGCGCUAUGACGAUCUUACGCGCCUAUUAGUCUGCAUUGUGGUCUCGCGUCGCAAAAUUGAUGCCAGUUAUGAGAUUUUACUCAUUUCGAGCUUUAAGCACCAAACACAAUGGAUCAUUCCAAAGGGCGGUUGGGAAAACGACGAGACUGUUAUAGAGAGUGCACUGCGCGAAGCCAAUGAGGAAGCUGGGGUAACGGGCGAAAUCGUGGCCUCAUUGGGCACGUUGAACUUUUACAGCCAUCGUGGUAAGCCAUGUCGCUUUUUUGGCUUUCAACUCGAGGUUACGCAGGUCUUUGAACAUUGGGCCGAAAGCACUCGUCAGCGUAAAUGGGUUACUUUCGAAGAAGCGUGUGAAUUGCUAGAAAGUCGGCCAGAGCUGGUUGAAAUGGUCGUGCGCGCUGCUAAUAAAAUUUGA